CGAAACCACGACAACUGCCUCCACGUGCUGCGAAAAGCACUUACUCGCCCUAAAUUGUAGGUCGCCGCCGUUGUCACAAUGGUGGGGAUAGCCAGAGUGGUGGGGCAGGGUCGAGCACAGCACUUCGGCCAUGAUCGAUGAUUUCCGUCGCCGUUCGGUAUGGCCAGGCGGUAAACAUUACACAGUACAAUUGGCCGUGUCCUGAGGGUCCUUUGGUUUCGUUUUCGAGUUUGAGUUUUUCGUCGACAUUCAGUUGUGAGAAGUGACAAACGAACGCGAUAUACGUUAAAGAGAACGUGUAUAAUCGUUUCUAUUCAUUGAUUUAAUCUUCCGAGUUAUUUCGUUGAUUCGUUAUUCUUCAGAGGAUGAUGAACCGGGACAUGGGAUUUCUUCGCUUUGGAUGAGUUUAACAAGACACUCACAGAUUAAUACACUCGCAACGAAAAAUGGUGGGUUACUAUUCAACGAAACGGAUCACAAAUUCUACAACGAUGUCGGUCAGUAGCGAAGUAUCGACUGUGGAGCCAAUGAAUCCGGUGAAAAGUCUCGUUUGUAGUCCAGAUUUAAGUGCGUUCACAUCACCGGCAUGUGGUGCUGAGACUCUGUCGGCAAAUGUCGAGGACAAGACAUACCAGUGUUUGCUGUGUCAAAAAGUCUUCGAUCAGAAGAGUUUAUAUCAGAGCCACCUGCGUUCGCACGGUAAAGAAGGUGAAGAUCCUUACCGAUGCAAUAUUUGUGGGAAAACUUUUGCGGUACCUGCACGACUGACUAGACAUUAUCGUACACAUACUGGUGAAAAACCAUACCAAUGCGAGUAUUGUAGUAAAUCGUUUUCCGUAAAAGAAAAUUUAAGCGUGCAUCGUCGUAUACAUACAAAAGAACGGCCUUACAAGUGUGAUGUGUGCGAACGUGCAUUUGAACAUAGUGGUAAAUUGCAUCGACAUAUGCGGAUUCACACUGGAGAACGGCCACAUAAGUGUACUGUUUGUUCGAAAACAUUCAUUCAAAGUGGACAGUUGGUAAUUCACAUGCGUACGCAUACUGGGGAAAAACCGUAUGUUUGCAAAGCAUGUGGGAAGGGAUUCACUUGUUCAAAGCAACUGAAGGUUCAUACGCGCACGCAUACUGGAGAAAAGCCGUAUACUUGCGACAUUUGCGGCAAAUCCUUUGGUUAUAAUCACGUGUUGAAGUUACAUCAGGUUGCCCAUUAUGGUGAAAAGGUUUACAAGUGUACAUUAUGUCAUGAGACUUUUGGUUCAAAGAAAACAAUGGAAUUACACAUUAAAACUCAUUCAGAUUCAUCAGUUAGUGGUUCUCCUCGAGACUCACCAGUUGAGCCAGAAAUUGAAAUCUCACAGGCAAACAGCGUAGGCACUGCCAGUGACAAGGAGAAUCACAAGACUGAAGUGCCAAGCGAUGAUGGUGUUACUUAUGAUGACACUCCACGAGAGUUUCCUUACUAUAUGUAUUCCAGAGAGCAGUAUUCACAACCGCUUCUGGUACCUAGUGAAGAGAGAACCUUCCAAACAACACCUAUAGCUCCCAUUGGACAGCCUCACUUAUUUCUAUAUCCUGAAGUUUCUUCUACAUAUACUAGUUUUGGAAUUCAGAGUAAUGAUUUUGUUGGUGACUGUUCAUCUCUUUUAAAUUUACCAGGAAAUGAUGCUCGUAGAAGAGUUGAAGCUGCACUUGAAGCAGUUGAAGAAGAAAGGCAAAGGGAAUAUGGAAUGAGAGUAGACAGAGAACCAAUUCUAACUCCUCCAAGUAGUAAUCCUGUAAGUCCUGUACCUUCGCCGGAUCCUCUCGAUUUGGCGAUUCCAGUACGAGAAACAUUAAUCCUUCCUCCAAGAAAGCGAUGCAAAAUGAUCUUAGAAUCAAUGGAAAGUGAAAGAAAUGGUCUCAUUGCUUCCCAAAGGCAAAACUCUGUUAUUCAAUUUGCAAAAGCAUCAUAG